UUGUUUAGGCAGCCAAAGAAACGUUAUGACAUGUUUUAAGAUGAUAAGUUUAAUUUCACAUGUCUUACAGAAAAAUUAAAAUACACGUGAUGUCCUAGUAUCCUUAAACGUCAAGUUCCCUUCCUUCAAAUUUUUCCCAUUUUUGGCCUUAUAUCUUUUCUCCAUUCUUUAUAUAGACUUGCUUUCUUUGUUCAAAGUCACAUCUUUCCUACAGCUACUCUUCCAUUGACAUCCUUCUUCUAUUUUUCUUCUGCAAACAUGAUUCAAAGAGCUACUUUUUUUCGCAGAUUAAUUGAAUCUUCUUCUCUAUCAUCAAAGGUUGGAGCUAUGUACUCUACAGCUCAGGCUGCAACUCUUUUACAACCCAUUGUUCAAAGUGAUGAUGACGAGUCCAUUGACAUUGAUUGGGAGAAUCUUGGGUUCCAUUUAAUGCCAACUGAUUAUAUGUACCUAACAAAAAGUUGUGAAGAUGGUCAUUUCAAACAAGGCCAGCUUAAUCCUUAUGGUAAUAUCCAAUUGAGCCCCUCUGCUGGAGUCUUAAACUAUGGACAGGGUCUUUUUGAAGGGACAAAAGCUUAUAGAAGAGAUGAUGGAGGUUUGUUUCUGUUUCGUCCUCACCAAAAUGCAAUGAGAAUGCAGAUUGGUGCUGAACGAAUGUGCAUGCCUUGUCCUUCCAUUGAUCAAUUUGUGGAUGCUGUGAAGCAAACUGCUCUGGCUAACAAGCGUUUUAUUCCUCCUCCAGGAAAAGGUUCUCUUUAUAUAAGGCCACUGCUUAUAGGCAGUGGACCAAUUCUUGGUUUGGCUCCAGCACCAGAGUACACCUUCCUUGUCUAUGCUUGUCCUGUUGGAAAUUAUUUCAAGCAAGGGAUAGCGCCAUUGAACUUGUAUGUUGAGGAAGACCUUCAUCGUGCCUCGCGUGGUGGAGUUGGAGGUGUCAAAAGCAUUACUAAUUAUGCCCCGGUUUUGAGAGCCAUAAAAAAUGCAAAAGAGAGAGGAUUCUCAGAUGUAUUAUACCUUGACUCAGUAAAUAAGAAGUACAUUGAAGAGGUCUCUUCAUGUAACAUUUUCCUUGUGAAGGGAAAAAUCAUUUCAACUCCAGCAACAAGUGGAACUAUUCUUCAAGGAGUGACAAGAAAAAGCAUUAUGGACAUUGCACAUGAUCUUGGUUAUCAGGUUGAAGAACGUUUAAUUGAAGUGGAUGAAUUGAAUAAUGCUGAUGAAGUUUUUUGUACGGGAACUGCAGUUGGCAUUGCUCCCGUAGGUAGCAUUACUUACAAAGGCAAAAGGAUUGAAUACAAGGAAGAGCUAACAAGUAAGCUAUUGUACUCAAGAUUAAUUGGGAUUCAAAGAGGUAUUAUUGAGGACAAGAGGGACUGGAUUGUGGAGAUUGAUUGAGCUUCUUUGGCUUAAGGUUUUUUUUUUUUUUCAAGUAAAAUAUAGUUUGGAAUGUACUAAAGAUUAGUUAAGUAUGAAUUAAUAUAUACCACUUACCGCCUUAAAAUAAAAAAUUACUUAGCGGA